UUCUGUGUUGCCUUUCUCUUUCUCUUCUCUUCCUCUUCCAGCUUCUCUUUUGUUGUGUGUGUGAGAGUGUGGGCACGGUAAGAUGCAGGCCAUUGCGAGGCGCUUAGGGCACCAAUCGCCAAAUCCAUCAACGUCUCUCAAGUCCUUCUAUCCAAUUUUCAAUCACCACUAUGGAUCAGAUCAAGAGCGUUACGUUUCUACACUCUCGACUAAAGGCGCGGGCCACCUUGUCCAUAAGGGUACUGGUGGACGAUCAUCCGUUAGCGGCAUUAUUGCUACAGUAUUUGGGGCGACUGGAUUCCUAGGUCGUUAUGUUGUGCAACGACUUGCUAAAAUGGGAUCUCAAGUCUUAAUUCCUUUCCGAGGCUCUGAAGAUUGUCACCGUCAUCUCAAACUGAUGGGGGAUUUAGGACAGAUUGUACCCAUGAAAUACAAUCCAAGAGAUGAAAGUUCAGUAAAAGCUGUGAUGGCUAAGGCCAAUGUUGUUAUCAAUCUUAUUGGAAGGGAUUAUGAGACAAGAAACUACAGCUUUGAGGAAGUGAACCAUAACAUGGCUGAGCAACUUGCGAAACUUUCCAAAGAGCAUGGUGGUAUCACAAGAUUUAUUCAAGUCUCUUGUUUAGGUGCAUCGCCUUCAUCUCCGUCCAGGAUGCUUAGAGCUAAAGCAGCGGCUGAGGAAGCAGUUUUAAGGGAGUUGCCUGAGGCAACAAUCUUGAAACCUGCUGUUAUGAUUGGUACAGAGGAUCGAAUUUUAAACCGCUGGGCUCAUUUUGCAAAAACGUAUAGCUUUAUUCCAUUGAUUGGGGAUGGGAGCACAAAAAUCCAACCUGUAUAUGUUGUUGAUGUCGCUUCUGCACUUACUGCAGCCUUGAAGGAUGACGGCACUAGCAUGGGAAAGAUUUAUGAACUGGGUGGUCCAGAUGUCUUUACUGUGCAUGAAUUGGCAGAUCUUAUGUAUGAUUUGAUCCGAGAAUGGCCUCGAUAUGUGAAGGUGCCUUUUCCCAUUGCAAAGGCAAUAGCAACUCCAAGGGAAAUAUUGCUAAAUAAGGUCCCUUUUCCGCUACCCACUCCUAACAUGUUCAAUCUGAGUGAGAUCCAAGCUUUGACUACAGAUACUGUUGUUUCAGAAAAUGCUUUGACUUUCAAUGAUCUUGGAAUUGUUCCUCAUCAGCUGAAGGGAUACCCUGUUGAGUUUCUUAUGUCAUAUAGGAAAGGAGGCCCCCAAUUUGGUUCUACGAUCAGUGAAAGGGUCUCUCCAGAUGCUUGGCCGUAAGAUUCUUUGGAUGUCUGGUCCUGAAUCAUUUUUCCGUCUUGCUUGUACUACCAACAUUCAUUUCACCAGUUAAAAAAAGAUCUGAAAAGUUUUAACUUUUGUAUCUCCCUUCCAUGAUGUGGAAUUUUCAAUCAUGUUUGGUGAUGAUAAUAAAAUCCAGAUACUAGUUGAUUCCUGAAUGUAAACGUCUUGAAUCUAAUUUAAAGUCAUAUUUUUAAUUGGAUGUUA